AUGGCGGCGUUUGGAAAGUUUAUCGGUGCCGCUAGCACUGCGUUUAAUCGUGCCAGCCAAUAUACGAGCGAGAUUCGUGGUGCAGCAUUAAAAUCCAGCUAUCCCGAUGAUAUAGUUGCAGACUUUGAAAUUGCUGAUAAGCUGAAGAAAGUGUGCGAUAAGUUGCAGUCAGGCAUUACUGCCUGGCUUAAUCCGAAUCCAGCUGAUCGAAUGCAAGAAAUGGUGUUAGAUAAGUUUGAUGCCAAAAAGCAACCAAAACUUACAUCUGCUGAACUGCUGGGGAAGUUGGAACAGGAUUUGGCUACUGAAAUAUCCCAAACUUCCGCUGAUGCGUCUUUAAAGGUCAUGCUUUCUCAGUAUGGCCAAGUUCAAAUGGACAUUGGAAGCGCCGAGCGAUUUCUUAUCAGUGAAAUUCAAAAAAGCAUUUUGGUGACGACUAAGUACUACCUUGAUACUGUCUGGCCGAGUAUUAAUACUCAGCGGCGUUCGCUGGAGCUUGCACGCUUGGAUUUUGACUCAGCAAGGAAGAAGAAAGAGGCCUGCACAUCUGACGAAAAACUUCGGCCUUCACUGGCUGCACUGGAAGUGGCUCAAGCUAAAUACAACGAGCAAAUUGCAGCCACUCGACAAGUAACUUCUCAGCUCAAAUCAGUCCAGGAGGGCCUUCGAGAUGGCUUGAAGAUGAUGGCAGCUGCUCAAGCUCGCUACUACAAUACAUGCCAAGAACAGUUGCGUCAAUUGACCAAAAAAUUUGACCUUUCUGAUCACCAUUCGUGA